UAGUAGUCGUUCGUGCAAAAUCCAAGCUGGGGGUUGAACACUUGAACCUGUGCAGUCCCACUGCACUGACUGCAGCAAAGCUGAACCGGCGGCCAGUCUUUGGGAUCGGAGUAAUACUGUAGUAUGCUUGGGCAAUAGUUACAGAUUUAAUACUCUCAUUGGCCAUUUCCCCCACUCAUUAAACAGAGGUCGUUGAAGGUAGCACUUGCAGAGUGCAGCCGGCGCGGAGAGAGCCGUUAGACACGGCCGUGAAGAACAUGACCGAAGUGUACGAUUUAAAGGAUUUGUAGGGUUUUCCUUUUCGUUGAUUCUUCUUUGUCCCUCGGGAACAGCUGUGGAAGGAGCCCCGAACUUCAAACAAGUAGUACAUGAGCCUAUGAGCUUGACCAGUCGUUGUUCUGAUGCAUUAUCGAAAUGCGGAACACCUGAUCCGUCUCUGUUCAUCUCAACCCUCUUGAAAGCUUGCAGAACAAUCCGAAACCUCGAACAAGUUCACGCACAAAUUAUCCAGAAGGGAACUGAACAAGAUAACUUCCUAAUUUCUCAGUUCAUUUGUCGCUGCAACUCAUUCUCUAACGUAGGUUACGCCACAAGAGUUUUCAAUCGCGUUUGUCAGCCAAAUAUCUAUCUCUGGAACUCUAUCAUUAAAGGGUAUUGCGAUAAUUCCUCUGUGAGUGAAACCAUUUUUAUUUUCAAUCGCAUGAAGUUGUCUGAAGUGGCCCCCGAUGAAUUCACUUUUCCUUCUUUAAUCAAGGCGUUCUCUAGUGUGUCUGCGAUUAGGGAAGGCAGGGUACUUCACGGCUCAAUAGUGAGAUACGGAACAGAGACUAAUAUUUUUGUUAGUACCGGUUUGAUUGAUUUUUAUGGGAAGUGUCGUGAGAUUAAUUGUGCUCGGAAGAUCUUUGAUGGGAUGUCUGGCAAGAAUGAGUUUUCUUGGACAGCUAUGAUUGUUGGGUACUUGGCUUUGGGGAAUUUAGCGUCAGCUGUAAAGCUUUUCAAUGAAAUGCCAUGCCGGAAUCCUGCAUCCUGGAAUGCGAUGAUUAGUGGGUAUGUGAAGUCUGGUGACCUGAUGACUGCGCGGAAGCUGUUUGAUCAAAUGCCAGAGAGGAAUGUGGUUUCCUUCACAUCAUUGAUAUGUGGGUAUGCCAAGGCAGGUGACAUGGCCUCAACACGUUUUCUUUUUGAUCAAUCUCCAGUUAGAGACAUUGUGUCAUGGUCAGCGUUGAUAUCAGGCUAUGCUCAGAAUGGUCAACCCAAUGAGUCUGUGAAGAUCUUCCUUGAGAUGCUUUCCAAAAACGUUAGGCCUGAUGAAUUUGUAAUGGUGAGCUUAAUGUCCGCAUGUUCCCAACUUGGUAAUUUGGAGCUAGCCAAAUGGGUUGAUUCUUAUGUGGUCCAGAACUCGAUGGAUCUUUGUCGAGCUCAUGUUACUGCAGCUCUCAUCGACAUGAAUGCCAAGUGUGGGAAUCUGGAAAGGGCGUCUUGUUUGUUUGAGGAGAUGCCAAAACGAGACCUGUUCUCAUAUUGUUCAAUGAUUCAGGGCUUGUCAAUUCAUGGACUUGGGGCCCAGGCUGUCAGGCUUUUUUCUCGAAUGCUUGAUGAAGGUCUGACUCCUGAUGAUGUAGCCUUCACAGUUGUGCUUAAUGCUUGCAGCCAUGCAGGCCUUGUUGAAGAGGGUUGCUUGUACUUUGAUUCCAUGAAGAAUGACUACUCCAUAAGUCCUUCUCCAGAUCAUUAUGCCUGUAUGGUUGAUCUUCUUGGAAGAUCUGGGAAGUUAAAAGCAGCUUAUGAACUCAUAAAAUCAAUGCCUAUGGAGCCACAUGUUGGUGCCUGGGGUGCAUUGCUUGGUGCAUGUAGGCUACAUUGUGAUCUUGGGCUUGGGGAGGUGGUCGCCAGCCGGCUUUUUGAGCUUGAGCCUCGCAGCGCAGGUAGUUAUGUGUUAUUGUCAAACAUUUAUGCAGCUGCAGAUAGGUGGUUGGAUGUUUCCAGUGUGAGGAACAUGAUGCGGGAGAAGGGAAUCAGAAAGAUACCCGGUGUCAGUUGGAUUUAGUAUUUGGUACUUUGUUAUGAAGAGUUCUAAAAUGCAGUCCAGACACCUUCGGAAAUUGGGUUUUGAUUCAGGUCAUUGUUAUCCUGGUGAAUAUUUUGCUCGCAGGCGUUGUAAAGAUCGUCUCCUUCUAGGACAGUAGCUCAGUGUCACUUUCUCUUAGUGAUUAGCUAAAGAUGGCUGGCUGAGCGAAUCAUCUGUAUAGUUGAUUUGUGGGUUCGUCAUGUAAGAGGAAUUAUCUAGGUCUUCUGUUCUGCCUAGGAUGAUCUAUUAAACAUCAGUCGUACUUGGAGAAGAAGUCAAGACAUGAAAGUUUUACAGGAUAAGGAGAAAACCCUCAAGGCCCAACUCAUUCCCUUAAUUUCUUAAAUACAAAUUAUCAAAAGAACCAAAAAACCCUCGAGCUCAAAGCUAGCAGCCACUGCUUGCAACUUCUCCUCCCGCAGUAAGAGCGACAACAGCUAGCAAUCAGUAGCUAGUAGCCACCGCCCGCGACGUCUUCUCCUUCUCCGGCAGCAAGAGCGACAACAACCAGCAGCCAGCAGCCAUCGCCUACAAUGUCUUCUCCGGCAGCAAGAGCGACAAUAGCCAACAGCCAGCAGCCACCGCUUGCGACGUCUUCUCCGGCAGCAAGAGUGACGACAAUCAGCAGCUGACAAGAGGGGCAGCAACCAGCCAGGUUGCUCACUCACUUUCAAUCAUUGCUUUCAAGCUUCAGUUACAGGUUUGGAAUUUUCUUCUUAUUAUUUAUCACUCAGUUGAUUCACGGUUCAACCCUAAGAGACAUGAUCCUUGGACCGUUAACCUCCAAAUCUGCUUUACGGAAGUGUUGGAAGCAGAUGCUAUUGUACUCUUUCCUCUAUCGAGGAAUGGCCGUGGAUCUCAUGGCAGCUACUAUUGAGGAUCACAUCUAGUAAGCAUCUUUGUGGAAGGCACUUUAUGUUGUUGGCCUCAACCACAUCAGCUGAGUAAGUCACUAUAUGAACUAUGAAUGAACUGAGCUUAUUGAAAAUUCGAUACAGGACGUUAGUCUGAAAGCUUGUCUCCUGAUUAUUGAUUUAUGAUAUGGAUGCUAAAUAUCUACCUUGUGGGAGCAAGGGUAUUUACUGUUUGUUAGCUAAAUACUAGUCCAAUUGAAUUACAAAACUUGUGGUAAUUUCCGGAAUUUGGAAUUCAAUCUUGAAAUUUUACAUAAUUCCAACUUCUUUAAUGCAAACUACUUUCCUUAAUUGCUACUAAUACUGUAACCUACUGACAGACAAUUGGGCUUGUCUGUAAAGGCUUAAUUAUCAUAUUUACUGUUUGUUAGCUAAAUACUUAGAAUGAUUGUAAUAGAGUUUACAGGAAAGAAGAAGAAGAAGAAGAAGAUUUCAUCAAGUAUAUGUGGUAACGGUUACACACAAGUAAAUUGCAAUUUUUGGGUGAAGCUUGACUUCAAAUGUAGUGAGUGGAUUAAAGGUUUAUCAUUCUAGUCAUAUUUUGCUCUACAAACUUCUAAAGACUACUUUAGUUGUCUCUUAAGUGAUAGAAGUUUGUGAAUUGCUUUAGAUGGAUUUGUUCUAUAUAUUGAUUGUAGACAUUGGCCUUUGUAUAAACAGUUGCAGAUUGUGGUUACUUCCAGAAUCAAAAGACUGCGCUUUUGAUGCAAUGGAGAUCUCUGGCUAGUCGGACUUCAUUCGAUAAACUAGUAAUAGUAAUUGUAGUGUAGUUAUAUAUUUUUCUGGAAACAAGUGAUUGCACAUCUUAUUUGUAAGGUUUAUGAGGCAACUUUGGGUUUUAAGGUAGGAAGGAAACAUUUUAAAAUCUCCUGGGUUUUGUGCCGGCUGGGCAACAAUUCUAACGAACUUGAGAAGAAUUUAAGAUCUCAAAUUUAUUUGGAGAA